AUGAGCAAUAAUAAAUCAAAGAGAAGCAGCUCUCUAUUUAAAAGAUCAUCACUUAAGAUCUUUGGAUCGGUGUUUUCAGAUGCUCCUACGCCUUCUUCUCAUCAAACCCCCGUGUCAUCGCCAAAAAAACUGACUCCUAGUAGCAAUAGCAAGCCAGUGUCCACGAUAGUUAAGAAGCAAGAACAUUCCCAGAAAGCAAAAUUACCGACAAUUCCCCAGGAAACUACUGCUACUCUUUCUUCCUCACUGAAUUUGUCUUCAAAUCAUACAGAAUCACACCAUCCUGAAGUUACCAGUAAUGAAUUGCACCCUGCCAAAGCCAAGCCUCGUCGGAAACCCCCACCACCAACGAAUACCAACGAUAUUGAAGGGUUCUAUUUCCAUGAAGCAAAGCAUCCACAAGAAACCAAUGCUACUGGUCAAAAUUCGGCUGAUCCUUCACCUCCUAUUAGUUCUCUGAAACCACUAACCAACGAUCAUCUUUCUCCGGAACAGGGUCCAUAUUCAUUAUAUAAAACCCGUUCGAAUGGUUCGUAUUUCGACGAUGCUGGGAAGUCAACAGAUAAAUUAGAUGAAUUGCUCAAUGAAAACCACAUGAAAUUGCGAGCAGAGCAUGAACGAUUGGACCAGCAAUUGUUGUUGUUAUCGCCGAAAAAUAGAGAAAUGGAACGGCAUGAAUCGUUGAAAAGAAGAUCGCAUUUAUUCGAUAGUGAUAGUGAUGGUGAUGAGAUUGCACCAACCCAUAAUGAUUUCACAGUAGUACAUGAACAAGAAGAGGAUGAAGAAGGAGAUCAUCAUCAUGGUUUGGAAAUUAUGAACAAUACCAUAAUUGGUGGGGAUAGUGAUGUGGGAGUAGAAAAUCCAACCCACUAUGAGGUGGAAGGAGUAUCAAAUUACGAUUCGGCUCCUGUUGGUGGAUAUUUAGAUGAAUUACACACCACUUACCCAAAUAAUUAUGAGGUACCUGAUCAAACAAAUCUGUAUUCUUCGGCAGAUUUUGCAGGGAAUUACCCUCAGGAUUCAUUAUUUGUUCCCCCAGGCUUCCAAGGAGCAGGAAGAUCUCGUGGGCCUUCUGUGGGUCAAUAUUCGAUGGGUCAAUACUCCACUGCUGAUACUGUGAGGGAAAUGACUAGUACGAUAUCCAGACCAACUAAUGAAGACACCAUCGAGCAUCCACUGCUGUUGAAUCAACCGAUUUUCAAUAUGGGAUCAGAGGAUGAAGACGGCUUUGGGUACCCCAGCGAUGACGAUUCUGAACUCAUGGGUGAUGGUAGAGCAAAUCAAUACUAUGAUGAAUCUGUUAUGAAUAACAGAGCUGAAGAAAAUAAUUCCAUCCCACCAUUAUUGAAUCAUAUUCCUACGUUGAAAUCUGAUGAUAGUUAUGAUGAUACAGGAUCUGCCAAUUUCCAAGCUCUGGAAAGGUUCGAUCAAUACCAUGAUGGCGAAGAUCACCAAGGUGAAGAAUUAAGUUUUACUGCAAGAUCACCUUUGUAUAGUCCGUAUGGCAGUGAUGGGUAUGAUAAUAACAAACCCCGUAAAAUGGUGGUUGCCAAUAACGUCACUGAUGAUGACUCGAACAGUGAAUCAAUAAGUGAAGUAGACGCAACGCCACCUCAAAAAACGGCUAUCGACUACGACGAUGGAGAUGGUCACAGUACCAUGGACCAUAUUGAUUUCCCCGAAUCGACAAAAUAUCUACAAGACCAACAGUUUGCCAAUACUCCAGGAGGUGGUAUCAAUGAGUCAGCUGGUUAUAACCAAGCUAAUUAUAACCCAGAAGCAACCACUAAUAAUGAUGAUGGUGCUCCAUGGGGGUUCUUUGGUGUGCCUACUGACUCUAGGGAAGGGUCGAUGUUAUCUGGUCCAACUCCCGACGAUCAGGGUAGUACUUUCAAUUAUCAAGUUCCAAGAGGCCCAGUUCCUGUGGAAAUUCGUAAUACCAAGCUAAUGAAUGUUGGGCAAAGUCAACAACUACGAGGGCCAAGUCAUCGGAUGUCCAAUCCGCACUUACCCAAUAGUGUGUAUGAUGAUAAAGUAUCCCCGUUUGAUUCGACAAUUGCCAACGGUGGUGGUACUGUGGGGCCAGGAGUUGCUGCGGUGAUUAAGAAUUCAAAACAACCAGGCCAAGGAGAGAAAUCAUCAUAUGUGGAAGCGAUUCGGAACCAGACAAUGUGUGCCAAUACCACGGUGAUCCGUAAAUGGAAGUUGCCAAUUGCCAUUCGUCCUGCUAAGAAAUCUUCAUCUUCAUCUUCAUCUGCUACUAACACCGUUGGUGCUGGAGGCAUUAGUAGUGCCAUGAUUAAUAGAAGACUGGGUCAACCUGGUGGAUCAACCCAUCGGGCAUCAGGGUUCAUCAGUGGGUUUUCCAAGGAUAUCAAACAUGUAUCAUUACAACCUAGAUUAUUGGCCACGGGAGACGAUGACGAUGCAGUGGUGAGCACCAAUAAUGAUAGCAUUACCAGGGUGAGUUUGGAUGGAAAUACCACGAUGUUCAGACAAUCGGUAGCAACGACACCUGCGGGAGCAGGGAAGCUUAGCGAUAGUGAUGAUGAAGAUAUUUUUGCCGAAUUUAAAGAGGAUAUUGAUGCUGUGAAGGCCGUUCAAGAGGAAGAACAGAAAAAGGCCAGACAAUACAAUGAUGGAAGCAUUUUAGGUGAUGAAGAUAGCGAUGGCUCAGUGGUAGCGCCGGACUAUACUGAUGUUGGGGUGGUUAGUCCAGGAAGUCCGUCGAUGGUGAAUAGAUACGAGAGCAUCAAUAGUGUGGGCACGGUUGGGGGCAGUGCUGGAUACCACAACAGGGGUGGUGGUUUGUUUAUUGCCAAUCCAGAUAGUGAUAGUGAUUAA